AUGGAGAUGGGGCUGCUGGGAGCCGUCCUGCUCCUCUGCAUGGCAGAUGUUCUCCACUCCUUUGCGAUUGAGGAGAAAGAAGACAUAUUCAGGCGCAUGGUGUGUCCUGCUUUCCUGAUGUUUGACAACGCCGCCUACCUGGCCGACAUGACCUUCGAGCUCCCCUGCAACUGCAAGCCCGAGGAGGUCUCCAACGUCGUCUGGUAUUUCCAGAAGAACAUGGGAGGCCACGAAACCACCGUCCUGACAGACUUUUCUGGCAACAUGGUGCUCGACUCGAGCCACAUCCACGUGGGCACUGACGUCCUGAAGCGUUUCACUAUCCGGAUGUUCAGCCUCAUCGUUUUCCGUGCCCAGGUGUCAGACUCGGGCCACUACCUGUGUGGCACCCAGAAAGGGGAUUUUUUUUACGGCUAUGACGUGGACGUGCAGCCCACCAAGCACAUCACAGUGGCGUUCUUGGACGUGGGACAGCACGUCCAGGAUGAUCACACGGCGAAGGCCUUCAGUCUCUUCACCACCUUCUGGGACUGGACCACGUGCGACCGCUGCGGGGUGCGAGGCGAGCAGCGGCGCAUCGGGCUCUGCUACGUGCAGAGCGCCCGGCUGCACCCGCGCUACCGCACCGUGCUGCCCAACGUCACCUCCUGCGGCUCCAGGGCCGUUCCGGCGCGGCUCCAGCGCUCCAGCCGCCACCGGAAGCCCGAGGUGGCGAUCCGGAGCUGCGUGGCCCCGUGUCCGCAGGAGGACAACCCGCAGGAAGGCGUGCAGGCCAUCUCCAACGUCAUCCACAAGCUGGGCCAGAAGCCCUGGCUGCCCCGCGUCCCCACGCAGUUCUACAAGCAUCCCCUCGGAAGAGAUCUGGUCAUCGCCUGCCCCGGGGCCCGGCCCGAGCACGCCGUGGCGUGGGACAAGGACUCCGUGCGGCUCUACCGCUCCCGCUACCUCGUGGGAGUCAACAAGAGCAUGCGCGUCUUCAUCGACCACGGAAACCACCUGCACGUCCGCCGGGUCCGCUUCAGUGACGGAGGCACCUACCUCUGCUGGAGGGAGGGCAAACUGGUGGCCGGGCUGCGGCUCCGUGUGAGCUACCAGGCUCAGCGCCGCCGCUCGCUCGAUGACCCCGAGACGAUCUACGUCGUCAAGGCCAUCGGUGUCAGCUACGUCCUCGUCGGGGCCGUCUUCAUCGGCAUCCACUUGUGCCGCUGCUGCUGGUGGGCGCUGCAGCACUCUGUGAGGAUUUAGGGUCAAUCACACCUCGCACCGCUCCCUGGUGGGAAAUUUGUGAGGUUUUGACUGCUGGAAAUGCGGCCGCUGCCCUCCUAUCCUCCGCUCGGGGUUGUGCAGCAAUGGAGACCAAAGUGGAAAGUCCUGUUGCGCUGUGGCAGGGAUUUCCCACCACUGUGUCACUUCCUGGCUUCACUGAAGGCUUGUGGUGGGCUUUUAACCUCAGUG